GAUGGACUCUGACGCGAAAGAGACAGAUGCUAAGGUCUGAUUGUACCUGCCUUCGUUAUUGUUUGUUUAAUGCCGACUUACACAUGCCUCUCCGUAAGGCCCCCACAGAGAAGGACGAUCGGUUCCAGCACAUGUACGGGAAACUACCGACCAGAACUGACCUACUUCACCAUCAGUUAGAGAGAAUGUAUUUUGAUUCAGGCGACUUUGCGCUUACGGCGGCGCAUAAAGCCUCCAACAUCGGGAACAUUCAAAGCGGAGACAAACAUCCUCUCGUCGAGAACAUUUCUCGCCCUUCGGCUCCCGUACCAAGUGGCAGCAACGUAGACGAUAAUGCCAGUAGGAACAAUGCGAGUCAGACGAGUAAAACAAUCCACGCGAGCGGAAUAGGCCAGGAAAUGAUAUCAGGCUGUAAGACUACGGACGGAAAACUCGAGGGCUGCGGCAGGAGGGGCGAUUAGGGAGUAUGUUAACAAGUGGUGUCUUGACUACAAGCAGGUGACAAGGCGCUGCAUCUCUCCAACAGGGUUAAGGGAAUAGACCGUGACGAUGACUUAUCUGGACUACAACAAAGCGGUACAGGAGCGGGUUGAGGCGAUGACUGUCGCAGAGGAGACUUUUUGAAACCACAGGAGAGGGGUGGGAGACAGCUGGGGACGUAUGGAGUGGGUAUUGAGGAGCAAUAAUCUUUCUAUUCUGCCAACGAACAAGGAGGGCAACGUAUCAGAGUCAGACCGCAAUACAGAAGAAGUUUUCCCAUCA